AUUCCCCUCCCGUGUCGACCGAGGAUCCUCCUCCAGCCUCUGUGAACUCCUCUCCCCGCCACACAAACGACAUUUUGGGGGUUCGGUCUCCAGCUCUCCUUCCUCACACCCCAUACAUUAUCAGGUGUCUGUCGGAGGAUAUUUAUAUGUUAUCAGAGCGUGUGGAGCUGAAACCGACCUCAGACUGAACCGUGCUCCUACAGUGGGCGGAUAAAGCGGAGGAGGGCAUCCGGGCCUGGCUGCUCCGGAGAGUCGGCUUCAAACGACGGAAUUCACCAUUUUCAGGCCGCACUUGACCUGCUAUGGAAAAGAUGAAGAGGAUAAAGAAGCGGCUUUCGUUAACACUGCGCUCUAGUCAGACCAUCGACGAAUCUCUAUCUGAGCUGGCCGAGCAGAUGACCAUGGAGGACGGUGGUACCAAGGACAAUGAGCCCUUCAUGAGGAAUGGCCGCCCCCCUACCUCCCACAGCAUGCACUCCUUCCUGCACCAGUACAGCGGCCCCUUCAAGAAGCCUCCACUCCGCCGGCCGCACAGCGUCAUCGGCGGCUCCCUGGGGUCCUUCAUGGCAAUGCCACGCAACGGAAGCCGACUGGAUAUCGUGCAUGAGAACCUGAAGAUGGGCUCCGAUGGAGAGAGCGACCAGGCGUCAGGAACGUCUUCAGACGAGGUGCAGUCUCCCACCGGCGUCUGCCUGAGGAACCGCAUCCACCGGCGGAUCUCCAUGGAGGACCUCAACAAGCGGCUGUCGCUGCCCGCUGACAUCCGAAUCCCCGAUGGAUAUCUGGAGAAGAUGCAGCUCAGCAGCCCGCCUUUCGACCAGCCGCUGAGUCGACGCUCCCGCAGAGCCUCGCUGUCAGAGAUUGGUUUCGGCAAGUUGGAGACGUACAUAAAGUUGGACAAACUGGGAGAGGGAACGUACGCCACAGUAUUUAAAGGACGCAGUAAGCUGACGGACAACCUGGUGGCACUGAAGGAGAUCCGGCUGGAGCACGAGGAGGGAGCGCCAUGCACCGCCAUCAGAGAAGUGUCGUUACUGAAGGACCUCAAACACGCCAACAUCGUGACGCUUCACGACAUCGUCCACACCGACAAGAGCCUCACACUCGUCUUCGAAUAUCUGGAUAAGGACCUGAAGCAGUACAUGGACGACUGUGGGAACAUAAUGAGCAUGCACAAUGUGAAGAUCUUCCUGUUCCAGAUUUUGCGAGGGCUGUCUUAUUGUCACAAGAGGAAAGUUCUCCACAGGGACCUGAAGCCCCAGAACCUGCUCAUCAACGAGAAAGGAGAACUAAAACUGGCUGAUUUCGGUCUGGCAAGGGCCAAGUCUGUACCAACUAAAACCUACUCCAACGAGGUGGUGACUCUCUGGUACCGGCCUCCUGACGUUCUCCUUGGAUCCUCCGAGUAUUCAACACAGAUCGACAUGUGGGGUGUUGGUUGUAUUUUCUACGAGAUGGCAGCAGGUCGGCCCCUGUUCCCCGGCUCCACAGUAGAGGACGAGCUCCACCUCAUCUUCAGGUUACUCGGUACACCCACAGAGGAGAACUGGCCGGGAAUCUCCUCCAUCGAAGAGUUUAAAUCCUACAGCUUCCCUAAAUACAAACCACAGCCGCUGAUCAACAACGCUCCCAGGCUGGACAGCGAAGGCAUCGAGCUGCUGCUGUCUUUUCUCAGAUACGAAUCUAAGAAGAGGAUUUCCGCUGAGGAGGCCAUGAAACAUUCCCACUUCCGGCAGCUCGGGACCAGAGUUCAAACACUGCCUGAGAGUAUAUCGAUAUUCACAUUAAAAGAAUUGCAGCUGCAGAGGGACCCUGGCUACAGGAACUCCUCAUACCCAGAGUCAGGUAACAGCAAGAUCAACAGGAGGCAGAGCAUGCUCUUCUAAUGUCAGAUGAAGAGGAUGUCAAACUUCAUGAUCCCUUCCCAACGACCUGUCGCAUGAGCCCACCUCCCCUCGGGUGACCCCUUCCUACCUGUUACCUGCACACACACACACACACACACACAUGCACGCGCACACACACACACACACACCCACACACACACACACCCCUCAGAGCGAGUAACUCUGGGCUGUAUCUGUUUGGAGUCUGUGUUUAUUUAUUAGGGGGGGAGUGCGGUUGAAUCGUUUGCUGCUAAACUACUACUGUCUAUAUUUAACACACCGUGUGUGUGCAUGUGUGUGUGUGUACAUGAUGUAAACUCGAGACGCCAUGCACAGUUGAGCAGUCAGAAAGGUUACUUUUGUUCUCUUCUGACUAAUAUUCUCCGGCUUCGUUUGAGUUAAAAUCCCACUGAUGUUGACGCUGUGAUCCAAGUUGUUGUUCCUGUUCAGUCUCUUCAGAUAUUUUUAUUUAUAAAUAUGUAUAUAUAUUUGACUUUUUUUCUUUCUUCGAGCUUCCGUGACUGAAAUCUACAACAUUUCAAAGUUUUAAAGACUGGGACUUGGUGGGGGAGAAAAUGCAUCUUCUGGAAUCCUUGUCGUCGUUGCCUCCUAAACAUGUCAGUUGACUAUUCUUUUAAAGCUCCGCAGCCCCCUGGGGUUCCACUGAGAGUCAAAAAGCAGACUGUGAGCGGAUUGCAGUAACACUUUUAAUCUGAGGGUUAAACAAGCACACACACAGACAAACGAAGAACAAGAAACCAACUUUUUUUGACCAUUCUGGCUCAGCAACGAAAGCUAAACUAUGGAGUAGAGGUCAGUAUCAGGUGGGAAGACAAGCCAAAAGGAUGGAUGCAAGAGGACGAAUACUGGCACUGAAAAGGAAGUCAACUGACGUCCCACAGAAGAAAAACCCUCACAGAACUGCCAGCUUCAGUGCUUUAAAAAAAAUGCCAGCCACACUUUGUCGCUCGGCGUGCAUUUGUAGAACUCACUGCAGUAACUCUUUGUGUUUAACUUGCACUUCAGUGUGUUUUUUUUUUUACCUUAGGGACUUGUGCUUUGACAAGGCCGAGUUUACCCAACAGUAUUAAGAUGUAUUUUGUGUGUGUGAACUUUGACCUCUUCUUGUGAAACUACAGAGUCUUUGUGGCAUGUUUUUUCGCAGGGGGUUUGGGGUUGGCUCUUCAAAACAAAAUGGUUGUUUUCCACUUGGUGUCAGACCAUUGCUCUCCAGCAUUUAGUACAAAAGAAAAAACUAAAAGAUUUCAAAUUGAAAUGUUUAGAUUGAACUGUUGUUGAAGCAGGUUCAGACGUCUUUUAAUUGCAGGUUGAGAAGUCUUUUAAUUGCAUGCUUAAUGAACUGUCUGUGCUCUGCAGUCCUGGUUUUCAUUUCAUUACAGGGAACAUUUGUCUUAUUCCUGCAGACUAACGGAGUUCCUGACAACUCUUGUCCCUUUAGUUUUUCAGAGCAAUUUGAUUGGUGAAUGUUUUGACAUUUUGUGGUAAUACACUUAACUGCUUUCUUCUAAUAAUAAGGUCUUAAGAUAAAUGCCCCCUUGGGUUUGUACAAUAAAUAUAAAGCUAGCAAUGUUAGCCUGUUAGCUUAGCUUAGCACUAAGACUAAAAUCAGGGCUAGUCGACAGUUAAGAUGUUUUUACACAUUAAGAAAAGAAUUAAACAAGGUAUUAGUUUAAGAGGUUAUGCAGGGCAUAUUUAGUUAGGUCAAGACAGGUAAGCUCAUUCCCCAUUUCUAGUUCUUUAUGCUAAGCUAACCUAGCCAGAUGCUAGCCCCAGCUAGAUAUUUAUUGUAGCAACAGACAUGUGUUUUUUAUCUUUUCAUCUACUUUUCACUAAGAAAGCAAAAUGUAUAAUUCCUAAAAAUGUCAAACUAUUCUUCAAAAGAUGUGUGGCCUGCAGUGAAUAACAUCAGGAAUGCAUUGAACAACACAGGUUAAACGUGCAACAUAAAGGAGAUAUGAGAGAUCUUUGUUACUGUUACACUUGGGCUCAAUAUCAACAUGAAAAUUAUGCAUACUGUCGGUUGAGGAGUAAAGGAUCUGAGCAACACUACAGUUAGUGAUUAGGUAGAACAUGCUAGAAAAGUGCUGGACGUAUUAAUACAAUUUGUUUAACGUUGUUAUUAACAGAGCGUUAAUGUGAUGGACAUUAUCACAGUUUGCAGCUAAUAGUGUAAUAAUCCUGUAAACAUGAUAUUUAUUUUCAUUUCAUGGUGGAAAUGAUCAGCUAAUAAUUUGAUCAAUUAAAACCGAACACAACCUGUCACCAAAGAAUUAUUGCAGAUGGAAGAUACUAUUAAAGGUUUGGAUAACACAUGUAAAAGUCAUACAUCUAUGGUAGACAGACAUCCUGUGUUACAUUGACCCCCUUUGCCCCAUGAAUUGAGAAAUGAUAGGUCGCUUCAUUCUUUCCACGUAAAAUGUAUGACUUUAAUUCUCCACACGACCAGACCUUAAAAAACUUCAGGAUAAUUUAUGGUUAACUGCAAACUGUGUUUCAAAUAUCAGAUUAUACGUGAACAGUGACAUGCACGAAAGGAGAUUUCUACAAUGGGCUAAAUAUUUAUCAUUGUAAAACUGUAAACCUUUUUCAAAUGUAUGAAUGACCUGAAUUUAUGUGAACCUGUCUGAAUGUGCACGUAUGUGGGUAAUAUGUGUGUGUGUGCGUGCGUGCUCGAUGCAUGGAAUUCGACUUCUGUAACACUGAGCCGCCGUGAACAGUUUGUGUGUGAUCCCUUUUUACUGGAACUAUUUAUUUCUCAUAACCAUCGAAAGUAAAAUUAAUCUGUUUCAUAAACUGUCUGCAGUAGUUGUUCUUUAAGUGGUGGAAGGUAAAGUAUUCCCACCUAAACUUAUUGUCAUCCUUAAAAUCCUUAUUUUGAGUUCCUGAUUGCUGUUGCCAUGGCUUCUUUUUCUCGCCCUGCCAAUAGGCUCCACUGAAUAUUCAACAUUUUUUAACCUGUCAGAAAAUGAAACCACUGAUGACUGUUCAUCAUGAGGGAAUCGGUGCUCAAGAACGGAUGUGAGGAAAACACACAAUCAAGAGGUUACAAACACAGUCUCUUUUCAUAUUUAUCUCAUCUUAAUUCAAUACCAUCUGGACAAACACAGCAAAUCCCAGCAGGAAGUGGUUUCAACAGCUAAACGAAGAUAACGAAGAAUCUGGCUCUGCAGGCUGCUGUCUUGGUAUGUCUCGCAAUGUUCACUGUGAAGCGUAGAGGAGUGUUCUGGUGGAAGUCAUGAGCAGGAGGGAACAAGUUGUGGUAAUAAAAAAAAGCAAGUCCAAAAAGCAAGUUGUUCUGUCAGGUCCUGCUGAUGUACUUGUUGUCAUUAGUGAACCGACUCAAUGCCUGGGUUGGGCUUUUAAGAUACUGUGUAUUCUGAAACCUGCAGUGUCAGUCAGUCAAUAAGGAUGUGUUGUUACUGCUUUCUGUCUCUUAAUUCAAAAUGAAAUAUGUUUACAGAGAACAAGCAGCACGUAUGGCACACAGGCAGGUGUCAU